AUGAUGAAAAUUUCCUAAAUAAUACUUCACUAAACCGAUCCUCCAAUGCUAUUACUAUUCUACUUGUUGAUUUCAAUGCUAUCGCUCUUCCACCUGUUGAUUCUAAUAUUGACAUCACUCUUUCGCCUGUUGAUUCUAAUACUAGCAUUACUCUUUAG